AUGGAUCCAAACAAGCAGCAAUAUUUCGUUCAUCCUGGGGCUUAUGAUCCAGCAAAUCUGGCUGGUGCUAAGUUGCAGGUUAUACCAGGAUCACCUUUAGCGGUUGUAGCAGCAGUACAAAAAGUACAACCCCAACAUAUGACUGGGACAAUUGUCGCAGCAAAUACUCCUGUUGCCGUUAAUCUUGAUAUUCAAGCUCUCACUGAUAUGGCUCAUCGAGAAUACCAAGCAGGUGAUUAUGCGAAUGCGGAAGAACAUUGUGUGACAAUUUGGCGUGCUGAUCCGAACAAUGUCAGCGUCCUUCUCCUUCUUUCCUCAAUACACUUUCAACUAAAAAAUUUAGACAUGUCAAUGCAGUUUUCAACGAUGGCAAUUAAAGCGAAUCCGAAGUGUGCGGAAGCAUACAGUAAUUUGGGCAACGUCUACAAGGAACGAAAUCAACUAGCGGAAGCGCUCGAAAACUAUAAAAUAGCUGUAUCUUUAAAACCAGAUUUCAUUGAUGGAUAUAUAAAUUUAGCAGCGGCACUGGUCGCGACUGGUGAUUUAGAUCAAGCUGUUAAUGCAUAUGUUUCGGCUCUUCAGUAUAAUCCUGAUCUAUAUUGCGUGCGAAGUGAUCUAGGAAACUUGCUAAAGGCGAUGGGUCGUCUCGAAGAUGCAAAGGUAUUAGUUUAUUUGAAAAUGUUUUCUGGAAAGUAA